AAUGUAUGCCAGUGUUUUUUUUUUUGUUUGUUUUUUUUUUUUAGCUGUAACUACGUUCACGAGGUAUGAUUGAAGGCUACCCUUGAAAUUUGUGUUAAUCUGUAUACUGGGUAACAUUUGUUAUAAAUCACACCUAGGCUGAAAUCAUCACGACGUGUAGGCCUAAACCUUUUGCUGUUUUAGCUAACGAUACGAUAGAUAGAGCCACGCGUAGUCAUAUUUUUAGUUUGGCAGGCAACUAGACUAGUAGUAGCUGACAGUCGCAGAUACCAAAGAAUGACUGAUCUUCCGCGCGAAAUAUGGCGGAGCUCCUGGAAAUGAAAGAGGCGAUUGUUUCUUACUUGGACCGAAGUGGGGGCCUUCUUCAGUUUGUGGAUGACUGUAAACUUUACAACGACUCUGCACAGAGUGAGGCAGUGUAUCGUUUCUGUAUACACGUGAAUCCCACCGAUCUGAUUGAGUUGGAUGCCAGGCUGGCCGACUGCUUAUUGCAUGAUCCAUUCAAAGCCACAGCCCUCUUUCAGUCUGUGUGCUUUCUAUCAAUCAAGACAUUAUCACUCAUUGAAAAGAUACACACAGAAAACCAGGUGAAUGUCGUAUUGAAGCUGACACACUUGCCGCCGUUUCCCGAGUAUUUCCUGGACCUCUGCAAGUUCCCUCGUGGGUAUGGCCCCAUGCGGCCCGUCGCCAUGGAGGGCCUGACGAUCGCCAUGACACGCAUCACCAAGUACACUCAGGGGGCUAGGUUCCUGUGCACAGACGACAAAUGCCCCUUUUCCAGAGGGUUCCACCACAUCAGAGUGCACUCCCCCGGAGCCACGGAGUCCGUCACUGUGAGGGGCGGCUUCACCUGCGCGCUCUGCUCCGCCCCCCUCAAAGAGGACGUCAAGUUCAGAGUGCUGGGGGACAAGCAGCUGGUGGAGAUGGUCCCAGCACAAGCACUGGAUGUGCUCAGUGUUCACCCUCCCUGCUCCUUCAGGUACCAAUCUGUGACCUUGUUCCUCAGAGAUGAACUGUGUAACUCCAUGAGAAUGGGCAGGCUGUACAGGGUGGUGGGGAUUCCAGCACAUGUACACCAGUGGCCAAAUAUCACCUGGAGCGUAGAGGCCAACACCGUGGAGCCUUGGACACCAGAAUACCCCAGCUUGGUCAGCAGUAACUUCCAGGCUUUGCUAGCAGCCUCCGCCUGCUCUACCUGGAGAUUCUCCGCUAUCCUGGCCAAUACUUUCGGGUCACCGGUGAUUCCACCGGGCCUGUACAGCACCCUGAAGCUGGUCCUGUUACUCAGCCUGGUCCAGACCAGUGAGGAUGACCCAGAUUCACUGAACUACCUGGAUGUUUUUGCCCUGACCAAUGACACACUCAUAAUAGAAAGGCUAAUGACCUAUAGCCUGGGACUGGCGAGUCGGGGGAUACGUCACCAGGUGACGGGGGAGCUGUUUGUGUCCCUGUCGAGAGAUGAGCACGGGACGGGCGCCGCCAACGUGCAUGCAGGCUCUGCCCUGCUGGCCAGCGGGGGGGUCUGCCUGCUGGGGGACCUGGCCUCCUACAGGAAGGACAAGAUGGAGGCGCUCCAGUCAGCUCUGGAGACCAGGACUGCAGCCCUGUUCAUCCCAGGGAAGAAGUACGGAGAGGACGUGGACCAGCAGCUCUCCUUUCCCAUCCAGUGCAACUUCUGGGCUCUCUGCGACAUCACCACUGGCGCAAAGAGGUCCCUCAACAGCGACAGCGCUGUUCUGGGGUCAGCCGAAAUGGGACCAGUUCCUGCCCAGAUUGCAGAGGCCUUUAGCCUGUUGGUCCAGUGUCGGGAGGCGGGCAGGGAUCGCUCUCUGCUGCCCCUGGUGGUUCACACCCUGAGGCUGGCUGUUAGGCCUGGGGAACCCCUGUACCCCGCCUGCAUGCAGUUUACCACACAGGACUACCAGGAGCUCUUGGCUCACGCGCGGGGCCUGCGGGUGGAGCUGAGCCCUGAGGCGGAGAAGCUGAUUCACGGGUACUACAUGGCCAGCCGCAGGGUACGCUCUGAUUCCACACAGGGCUCCUCUCUGCCUGUGGCCUCUAUCAGACACCUGAUUUCCCUGGCCGAGGCCCACAGCAAGCUGAGCCUGAGGAGGGUGGUGCUGGAGGAGGACGCGGUGGUGGCGGUGCUACUGUGUGAGAACUCCGUUACCCUGAAGCACGGUGCCUCGGCGCUCGUUAUCCCUCCCGAUGCCCUGUUUCCGUGUGACCUCCACGACCUGGACUCUCUGCGCAGGAGAGACCUGACCUUGGAGCAGCUCCACCAGCAGAUCCUGCAGUUUGUGUACGCCUACGCGCCCGGGGCAGCGAGCUACAUCACAGAGGAAUAGACCACCGAAGAGCAGCCCGCGCAGGAGUCACCAGUGCACACUUAAAGGACCUGCUCUAAAGACGUUCCUGGCAUUUCUGUGGUUAAUAUAGGCUACACUUGUUGAACUAUGUGAUCUAUUUUACCCAAUUGCCAACAAAAUCUGAGCUAAAUGGCUCACUUUUAAUGCAGAAAUAAACUAUAGAGCAGUUAUUUUACUCCAGCCAAAUGUUAUUGUAAACGGAACUGAUUUCAACCAACAUCAUAAAAUUGUAAUUCUGAACUGAAAGGGCACCGCAGGUGAACAGAGAGCAAGCACAGGCAUCUCAAACAAAAGUAUGCUGUAGAGGCACUUCCACCGAACAAGGAUGGAUGAGCUUGGGAUGUGAGGCCUAAAAUUCCUUCUGCACAACCCUGGCCUUUGAGUGCAGGCUUGUCAUUGGAAAAAAGGCCCUAGAGACCAGUUAAUCAUGCAUGUCAGCUGAGUACUGAAGGCACCCAGGGUGUCUGGGUAAAGAGAGUGGGACAGAUGCAUGUGCUUGGACACACCACACUGUUUUGAAAAAGACCAUGCCCUUGCUAGGCUCUUGGUACAUACACUGCUGUGGAAAAUGUAUUUGCCCCCUUCCAGAUUUCCUCUAUUAUUGCAUAUUUCUCUCACUGAAUGGUUUCAGAUCUUUUUUUUGCAAAUGACUUUUUCCCAUUAGCAGUGGUUUCCACCUUGCUGCUCUCCCCUCUGCCUAGUCUUAUUGUGGAGUCAUGAACACUGACCUUAGUUGAGGCUAGUGGCCUUUGGAUGUUCUGGGUUCUUUUGUGACUUCCUGGAUGAGUUGCCACCCCACCUUUACAUAAAUUUUAGCAAACCAAAACUCACAGUUCCAAGUGUUCUCCAUUUGGAGAAAAUGGCUCUGGUAUAAUGGAGCCCAAAGCAGUAGAAAUGGCUUUAACUUUGCCUCAUCUCUUUUUGUUGUAAUUUCCUUUGAUCAUGGCGUUGGGUGUUU